AUGAAUUCAAUUCGUUUUGGUGUUUAUUGUUUUCUAAUUUAUAUUAGUUUCACAUUUGCAAGAACACUUCCAGGAACCACUGAAACCGAACCGUUGUUCCCAACUAAAAAUCCAGAUCCGAAUGGUAGUAACACAGAAGUAUCCCCAACUGGAGGAACUGUCCCUACUGGAACUGGCAAUGCACCGACAAGUCAAUCAACAAAUGGAAAUGGAGCAAGUUCAACAAAUGGACGAUCGUUGUGUGAAGAAAGAGAUAAUUAUGGACUUUGUAAAAAAACAAAAACUUGCGAGGUUUUCGAUGAUUUGGACUAUUUGGACUUCACACCACUGCUUGGUAGAUUUAGAAAAUUCGUUGUUGACGAAACACAGGAAUCUUGGUUAUAUGGUGAAGAUGUAGUUUUUAUGCACAUUCACGAAGCUAAUCAAGAAUAUUGUAUAGCACGAUAGUGAGUUUUGAAUUUGAUGUUACAAACAAUUUCAAAAAAAUACAAUUUUCCAGUGAACGUCCUGGUGCUCCUUUGGGAAGUUAUGCAAAAAUUCAAUGCGCAUCACUCGGAAUUUCCGACACGAGAAACAAACAAAUUUUCCAAACAACUAAGAAUUGUUACACCGGAGAUUUCAUUUGGCAAAACUUCUUUGAUAAAUACGGCCAACCAACAAAAAUUAUACCAAAGUAA